CUUGGCCCCACCCCCACGUGCUAGCGAAUGAAUGCACGUGUGAGUGAGUGGAUGAAUGAAAGUACGUGAAUGAGUUGAAGCACGUGUGUGAAUGAGCACGUAUUGAUUGAAGCAGGUGUGAAUGAAUUUUAAGAGUGCGUACACGAGCGAAAGCACAGGUGUGGAUACAUUAACGAUUGAAUGAAAGCACUUGCGAUGAGUACAAGUGAAUGAAUGACAGCAUGUUUCUGAGCACACGAAUGAAUGAAAGCGCCGGGUGCACGCGUGAAUGAAUGAAAUCACGUCUGAGUAGACAGGAAUGAAUGAGGGGACGUGAGUAGACAUGCUUGUGAAUGAUACCGCGUGCGAGUGAAUGAGAACACGAAUGAAUUAACACGUGCUCACACUCGCCGCUCGGGCUGCAGGGGAGGUUUUGCGCGUGCGCGUGUGGAGGGGAGAGAUGCGUGACCUCUACGCAUCAUCAUCCACCAUCACAUCAUCAUCCACCAUCACAUCAUCAUCCACGAUCACAUCAUCAUCCACCACCACAUCAUCAUCCACCACCACAUCAUCAUCCACUACCACAUCGUCAUCCACUACCACAUCGUCAUCAUCAUCCACCACAUCGUCAUCAUCCGCCUCGUCUUUCUCAUACACAACAUCAGCAGCAUCAUCAUCCGCAUUAUCAUUCUCAUUCAUCUCAUCCACCUCGUUCUCCAGCACCUCAUCAUCCUCCCAUUCCUCCUCGUCGUCACCGGCAGCCGCCGCCGCCUCCCGCCCUGGUGCCGGAGUCCCCCGCCCCGGUCCCGCGCAGACACACGAGCUCCGGCCCUAUGAGCAGCAGGAGACUGCUUCCCACGGUCCCCGCGGGACCCGGGGGACCUGCGGAGACCAGCAGUGAGCUAGCGGUGGUGGUCGCUGUCCCAAUGUUCUACGAUGACUCGAGUCGCCGCUGGGUUCCGUGUGCUGGGGGGCGAGCGGGGGAAUCCGGUCCCGCGUCCAUCCACCUCCUCAAGGAGCGCACCUCCAUCCGCGUGUGGGGGCAGCGUGUAUACGACCAGCAGACGGUGCUGGAGUGCCACCUGUCACAGGACACGCGCUUCCACCGCGCCACCCCAACCUUCCUGCAGUGGCGCAGCGAGGGCCGCGUGUUCGGCCUGAGCUUCACGAGCGAGGACGACGCCAACCUCUUCACCAACGCCAUGACGUGGGGGGCCGAGGCGCUCUCGGUGGGGGGUGCGGGAGGAGGAGGACCUCCAAAAAGCCCGGAUCGGGAUGAGGCCGAGUCGGGCGGCGACAGCUUGUACGAGUCCCUAGACUUGUACCAGGACAUGGACAAGAGUUUCCACGGACGAAACGGGGCCUCCACUUUGGCCCACACUGCAGCCCCAGUGUGUGGAACGGGACCCCAGGGUGCGAGGUCCACGAGUGAGGGGACCCAAGGUGGGGCCCCGCCACCCCCGCCCCCUCCCCCACCGCCGCCCCCCGCGGGAGGAAGCGCGGCCCCAAGGCCCCCUGCAUUCGGGGCCUCGAUCGCAGGGGUCCAACUCAAGAAAGUCCAGCCGACUGAGGAGUCGGGGCCUGGAGGAGGAGGGGGCAGCCGGGGGCCCUCAGGAGGAGGAGGAGGCUCUGGGGGGGGCCUAAUGGAUGAGAUGAGUGCCAUGCUGGCCCGGAGGAGAAAGACCUCUCAGGGGGUUCUCUCAGCAGCGACGGGGACCCCAGGCACCCCAGACCCAGCACCGGGACCCGAGGAGGCUCCGGCUGCGUUCGCUGGUCCCAAGAAAGACACGAGGCCUCUUGAGAGCCCCAAGAAGGCGCCAUGGGCCAGCGGGAAGCCGCUCAGUCGAUCACAGUCCAAGCUGGAGAUGGGCCAUGAGGCCAUGGGAAAGGAACGCGGUCCCUCCCUCAACUCCUCCAGCAGCCUGAGCAGGCUGGAGAUGAGCCGCGGGGCCGAGAAGAAGCAGCCGGAUGCUGCGCUCAACUCCUUGCGCAGCCUGAGCAGGACCAAGUCUUGUGUCGGGUCUCUGACGCUGCACGCCGUGCCGGAUGGCGGCCCCUCGCAGAACCUCAAAGAGGAGAUCCUGGCCGGCGUGCGGCUGGAGCUGCACCAGGUGAAGGAGGAGAUCCUGGCCGCCGUGCGCCAGGAGCUCACGCGGUUCAGCAAAGCCUAGCGGUGGCAGCAGCAAUAGCCGAGGAUUGGGGCCGGGCCCCACCCCCCGGGCACCUCCGGCCACGCACUGCGACGGUUGCAACCGCGCUUCCCCCGCCCUUGCCGAGCACCGCGUGUGAAGUCGGGAACCCACGAUGGACGCGGUCACACUGUGUUUGAGUUGACUCGCACACUCACGGUUGCACUCAUUCACUCGCUCACAGUCGCACGCCUCCCAACUCGCUUAGACGCCUUGCUGUUGACUCCUCAGGUGUGAUGACGUGAGAUGCAACGAACGCGUCAUUAGCGCCUCGUUUUCCCUGGCCCUGCUUUGCCCCCAGCCAGAUUCAGACGUUUUCUUGCGAGGCCAGCAGUAGCACUGUUUGGUUUCCGGCUCGGCACGGCAAAUAGCCGCUGGAAAACCACCCAUACCCGCGCUGGCUCUGCUCAGAUGUGGCAGUGGAAAAGGGGGUACGGUACGUCAUGUCCAUGACCAUUGGGAACUGUUGUCUGUGGCCCAGUAUCGGCCCAGAAACAGUCACCAGGGUCCGGGUCCUCAUCCCCACGCUAUAUAGACUCGCUUCCUCUCGCUCCAUCCCACACCUCCCCGUCCUCGCCAUUCUCCGUGGCUUCAUGCAAGGGUCAGGGUUGGAGUCCGGCGACGGCUGGAAUUGGUUGUUGGCCUGCCCCUGUGUGGUACACAGCUCCACCAUAGAUAUUAAAAAUAAAAUGUAAAAUAAUUUACGACGAAAAAUACAACUAAGCAUGGAGCUGUGCGCAGUCAGUAUUACGAUUCAUAAUUGCGUUUUGGUUCGGGCCCCGUAAAAUCUGUCGCAAGACCCUCUACUGCUUGACGCAGCCAAACAAAAUCAGUUGUUGCAUACACGCGUUUGACGAUGCCAGUUAUUGUUUUCAGCUCGCUCACCGGAUAAAGUUGGAGAACGAUUCUCGCAACCAACAUUUAUGGAUUAGACGACUUCCUGGGUUUUGCUCUGACUUCAUGGACCUUUCGAAUGGAACAUCGCGGCAUAUCUAAUCGCUGAAUCUGGUUGUGAUAAUUGCUCACUAACUUCACCGGUGAGCAAAACAUUUAUAAUUACGUAUGAGCGUUAAACGCUCGCACGCGUGACAAUUUUACUGUUGGGUGGUGGGUCUUACAGCAGAAAUGUAACCGGAUUGUUAUGUGACCUAACCCAAAUAUAAAUUAUAAAAUAUAUAUAACUUUAUUGAUAUUGCCAUUUUAAUAUGGGGACAAUAUAUAUAAAAAAACAUUACCCUUUAUUAAAUGGGUGGCAGGGUGGCGAAGCGAUAACGCUGCAUUCCAGUCGUGGUGGUUGAAACGGGGCCAUGGGAGUUUCGCUUCUGACACACCUCGGCUCGCACCCCCCUGCUUGCACAGCCCAUAAUACCCCAGCCUAUACACACUCGUCCAUCAAUCCUAGCCCAUCAACCCUAGCCCAUACAUCAUAGACCAUCAAUCCCAACCCAUCACCUGGGCUCGAUUAACGCAGGGGCUUAACGUGCUGCAGCCUGUGUCUUAGGAAUGACAAGUCCCCCUUUAUUGUGAAAUGUGUAUUGAUUUAUAAUGGUUACAACGCAAUACUGGAGCACUAUGGCACGUCCUGCGGGUAGUUUGGGAGUGAAAGCCAUCGCAUCGCUGUGUGUAUUACUAGCAGCCUUGUGCCGAAAUUAAAAUAGUUAUUUUUAACUUUGAUUCAGCCUUUAAAUCUUGCAUCGCGUUUUAAAAAAAAAAGGCAAGAUGAAAUUGCCAAACAAUCGAGCAUUUGGCU